CCAAGUUGUUCGUAUCAUUCAGGAUACAUAAAUAGAACGUUGGGUCACGUUUAACCGUCACACGUGUUCUCGUUAAGAUGAGGAAGUUCCUGGACACUACCAACACUAAGCUCAACAGAGCCUUGCAGAAAACAAAUGAAGCUAUUGGAAGAGCUGAGAAGACGGAAUUUGAUGAAGAGUUUGUGACACUACUGUCUCAGGCUGAUUCAAUACACGAAGCAACAAAGAAAAUAAUGGAAGCCAUUGAACUUUGGAUAAACCCAUGUGUUUCUAGACGCAUUGAAGAUGUCGCUAACAAAGUAGAAAGUCUGGUCACAGAUAAUAAGAGCUACUGGCUGAAGGUUCCGGCGAAGCUACCUGCUGAACAUCUUGGUGAUACUUUAAUAAGCGUAGGUACAGAGGUUGGAGUUAACACUCCAUAUGGACAGGCACUGAGGAAGUGUGGUGAAUAUGGUCAUGAGAUAGCGGUAGCUGAGAGUCAAAGAAAUUCAAUGCUGGAAAAGAAAACAUUGGCGGUACUUCAUCAUUUUCUAUCUGUCGACUGGCCUGAUAUCCAAAAGGAACGCAGCCAUCUGGAAUCGUAUCGCCUUGACUAUGAUAAAUUGAGAAGUAAGGUGAAACACUGUGAUAAUCCCGAUGCUGAAACUCUUGGAAACAUGGAGAAAGCCAAAUGUGUUCUUGAUAAACAACUGGAGGUGACUAGAAGCAAACUGGAAAAGACGAAGUCAGUGAAUCAAACUAAUAUGAUCGCCUUAAAAGAACUUAUAGCUGCUCAAAGAAAUUAUUUCAGUGAAUGUAGACAGAAGACUGAAGAACUGGCUUCUCAGUUAGAAAGAUCAUCCUAAACAUGACCCAUAUUGAACGAGAGAUGCGGGAAUUUUCGACUGUGAAACAUGAAGAGAUUCACACCUAUUUCUUGUGCCUGAAUUGAAUCACUUUUUAUAAGAAACUACUCGUUCUACCUAUAAUUUAACAGUAACACAUUCAGUAAUAUUAAUGGUAGAAUAAGUUAUUUAUUAUUGGGGCCAAAAAAUAUUUCUUCUCAUCUUAUUCAUCAAUCUUUUUUCGGUUGGUAUGGACACUUUUCAUUUCUUAUGGUUUUCCUGCUCUCCUCAGCUUAUUCUGACUCUUCUCUGCUUACCCAAAGAUGGAGGCGGUAAUUCAUGUAACAGCAGAGUGUUUCAUUUCCUGCUCAAGGCUUGCCUUCGUUACCUAUAUAUGUGUUUUUCUUCUUCUGCUUUUUUGGGUAAAUACACAUUUUGGUUACUGAAA